AUCAUUUUAUUCCGAGAAUUAAUGUAUUGAACAUUUAGUGGAUGAAAACAACAGAAUUUUUCAACGAAAGAAAAAAAAAUGGAAUUAUCCGAUCAACAACAGCAACAAACACCAGUGACCAUUGAUGAUAAUGUUGUUGAAAUUGUUGUUGAUGAUCAACAACAACAACAACAACAACAACAAUCGUCGUUUCGUAUUAAUCCAACGACAACAGUGAAAACUGUAUAUAAUCAGCCAACAACACCGAUUAUUAAACAACAACAACAGGCGAUUAAUCGAAAAUCAUUGAAUAAACGGCCAACACCACCAUUACCUGUGGAAUUGAUACGGCCACCAAUUGUUAAUCAUCAUAUGGAAGAAAUCAUUACAACUAAUGUUAGCGAAAGUUCUGGUUUCUGUGCAUUCGCAUUAACUGUCAUAUCGGUUAUAUUGAUCGUUUGUACAUUACCAUUUUCAUUAUUUCUAUGUAUUAAAGUUGUACAAGAAUAUGAACGUGCCGUAAUAUUUCGUCUUGGACGUUUAGUUCGUGGUGGCGCAAAAGGUCCGGGUAUUUUUUUCAUCAUUCCUUGUAUUGAUUCUUAUUGUAAAGUUGAUCUUCGAACAGUAUCGUUUGAUGUACCACCACAAGAGAUUUUAUCACGAGAUUCAGUGACUGUUUCAGUGGAUGCUGUAGUUUAUUUUCGUAUCAGUAAUGCCACUGUGGCUGUUUCGAAUGUCGAAGAUUAUGGACGUUCAACUCGAUUAUUGGCUGCAACAACAUUGAGAAAUGUUUUGGGUACCAAAGAUUUAUCACAAAUUUUAAGUGAACGUGAAUCAAUUUCUCAUAUAAUGCAAAGUUCAUUGGAUGAAGCUACCGAUCCUUGGGGUGUUAAAGUUGAACGUGUUGAAAUUAAAGACGUACGAUUACCGGUUCAAUUACAACGUGCAAUGGCAGCUGAAGCAGAAGCGGCACGUGAAGCCAGAGCCAAAGUUAUUGCAGCUGAAGGUGAACAACGAGCAUCACAAGCAUUAAGACAAGCAGCUGAAGUUAUGUCACAUAAUCCAGCUGCAUUACAGCUACGUUAUUUGCAAACAUUAAGUUCAAUAGCAGCGGAAAAGAAUUCAACAAUCGUUUUUCCGAUACCAUUGGAACUAUUCAAGGGUAUGAUCAAGGAAUAAAAUUGAUGCAUAUGCAUGUGUGUCCAUUAUUCAUUCGUAUAACUUAACAACACAAUAAUGACCAACAAAUAAUCUGCUUAUUUAAAUUUUCAAAAAUUUGACCAAUAAUAAGCUUUUGCUUGCAAAAAAUAA